GGCAGAGAAAGAAUGACUCUCCCAUAAAAGCAGGGCUUUGUGGAUGGUGGAAGACUGUCGCAAGGCAAUUGUGUGCUUGAAAAACGUGAACUACAUUGACACCAUAGGAUUAGGACUUUCUUUGUUCCAGUACUAAUCUUGAUUUGUAGGUAUGAGGCUGUCUUCAUGAGGAACUCCUGAAGAGGUCUAUCGUUGAGUGCGUUUAAGACAACUGGACUUGAGGAAUCCCUUUUUGAAUCAGUGUAUUUCCUUCUUCACCACCAAGACAUGGUUUUCUGGAUUAUCUUCCCCAUAUCCCUCUCCCUGGUGUCCUUCAUUGGAACAUGGACUGUAUAUGGCCUAGCGUUAGCUAACACACAUGUGUGCUCUCUCAGUGACUGGGGGAGUGACAACUAUUGCAAAGCAAAUCAUACCACUGGAUGUUGCUUGGUUCCUACUAUAAGCUCAAGUGGAACUAAAUCACCAGAAAACUCACUCUUCACAGCCACGAUCAACGCAGGAUCCUUUCUGUUCCUGCUCUUCUGUAUAUUCCACCAUGCUCAUAUUAUGGAGAGACACAGAUGUCAUUCCAUGCUGAGCAAGUUUGCGCUGGUCUUUGGUGUGGUGGCAGCCUUGGGGGCAUUCGCAGCUGGAAACUGUAAUCCGGGUGACCUGGCACUGCCUCACUACUUCGGAGCUGCCAUCAGUUUCAUGUGUAUCUGCUUCUACACUGUGUUGCUCACCUCACUGACCGGCAAGUGUGUGCUGACAGGAUAUGAGAGGGCUCUCUAUCCGCUCCGCAUCGUCUCCACUGUGGUUCAAACCAUCGUUACCAUUUGCUAUACUGUUUUGUUUGCCCAGGACCAGUACUUUUACGUUCACUUGUCGGCUAUAUUUGAGUGGAUGCUCAGCGUCAACCUGGAGCUGUUUGAGCUCAGCUUUGCUGUGGAGUUUUGUUUCUUCUCAUCCUGCAUGAUCUCAAAUCUGCUGACCAAACGAGAGGAGGAAAAGCCUUUGAUUAUAUCGAUGUCUUGAUAUGAGGCCCCCACGGUCCAGGUGCAGCACAUAAGCAGGGAGGAUGGACUGGGUAACACAUCUGUGAGGACAUCUGUGCCUGGACCUUGGCUUGGAGAACAGUGAUGUACUUCUUCACUGCUCGGGUGGAUUAAUAGUUAUUUAUGAAUUAGGAGCACUUUUGUUUUCGACCUUUGGAUACGGUAGCCUAAACUUUUUUAAAACCAGGCAUAUCUGAUUCUUAUUCCUUAUUUAUUGAAACAAAGUUGAAUAGCAAAUGAACAAAACAUGAUACAUUCCUUUCAUCAUGUCAUGUUGAUGCUCUGCCAACAGAACAAUUAACUUUGAUGUGUUCAACUUUAAGAAUCCUUCUGCGUUUAUCAGUUGUAUUGUGCAAUGACUUGUUAUACUAUUUUAACAUAAUCAACAAUGAACAAUCAUCGUUAGUUACACUAAUAAGGAUCAGAUUUACUGAAAAUGUCGCUGAUGUCAGCUUCCAAUUAUAUUCCUUAGCACUUGUAUAUAGCUUAGACACUUUAUUAAAUCAUGACCACUGUAUACUCAUAA